AUGGCAAAUCAACCACAACUCUCUGCAACCGCCAUUAUCAACCCUCAAUAUUGUGCUACACAUCCAAUUGAUUUGAUAAUCACAAAGGAGUGGACUGGGAGAGACAACUUCACUGUCACAGACACCAACAACAACGUUAUUUUCAAAGUUAAAAGUCCUCUUGUAACCAUGGUAACACCGCGCCAACACCGGUUCUUGUAUGAUGCUAACAGAAACCCCGUUGUCCAUCUUCGUAGAUCGCUGCUCGCUGCAGAUGAUAAAUGGAAAGCUUAUAGAGGUGAAAGUGAAGCGCCACAGGACCUUAUCUUUACUAGGGAGCGAUCCUCGUUUAUGCAACUAAGGACAAAGUUAAACGUGGUUUUGGCAAAUAAUACAACACAAGUUUGUGACUUCACUGUCAGAGGAAACUUUUUUCAAAAUUCUUGGAAAGUUUACAUCGGCAAUUCUGACAAUCUUGUUGCUAAGAUUAAGAAGGAGCUUGGCACUAUGUUUAUCACAGAAAAGUUCAUGGUCACUGUCUCUCCCAACAUAGAUUAUGCAUUCAUUGUGGCUUUAGUUGUGACCCUUGGUUAA